UUCGCCAAACCCAACUUCCUCUUCCCCCACCAAAAAAAAAAAAAAAAAUUGGGUUUUGCAUAACCCCAAAGGUCCCUCUUCUUCCAAAAUAAGCACAAAUUCCUCAAGAGGAAGGGACUAGAGGCAGGUAUUGUCGUCGCCGAUGGCGUUGCUGCCGCCGCUGUUGUCGUAGAAGUUGUGUUCUCCGCCGCGCAACACUCUCAGCUUCGCCACCACCGUCCACCCAGAGCAAGCCCAUUUUGUACUUUAUUCAAACAGCAGUGAAGCCCUUGGGUCGCCGAGUCGCCGCUAUUACUUUACAACAAUCACAUUCAGGAGGAAAGGAGCUUCUGUGCAGAUAUUUGGUACCAGGAAUAAAUCCUAAACCCUGGCUUUUGUAUAGGGUUCUCUAUUCCUUAUUGCUUUGCUCUCUUUAUUAGUUCCUCAUGAAGCCUGUGCAAAGCAGCAACACUGCAAAAAGCAAAUUAAAACUAUCCCAAAGGGCUAAAAGCAAACGGAAGAGAGAUCUAAAAGAAAAAGAUGUUGUAUUAGUGGAGACCCCAUCUCAGUUCUCAUUUGCUAUAGCCAGAACUGCAGUUGCUCAGAUCUGUCAGUCAGUUGGAUAUAAAAAAUCUACACAGGGUACUCUUGAAAACUUCACCAAUGUUGCUAUUAAGUAUCUCGAAGCAACAGCAAGAACAGCUGCCUCUUUCGCCAACACUUCCAAUCGGACUGAAGCUAAUCUAUUUGACCUCAUCAAUGGCAUUCAUGAUCUGUACUCUGUUCAAGGGUUUCCCAGUGGCUCAGAGAUGCACAAGAAUGACUUACUAAGGUCUGGAGCUUUGAAAGAGAUUAUGAACUUUGUAAAGUACUCUAAUGAAGUACCAUUUUCCAAACCAAUUCUACACAAAAAUGUCUCAGGAAUUCCAAAGUUAGAAUCAAUCACUGAUUCUAGCUCCUCAUGUUCUAAUAAAACAAAAGGUCAAGGUUUUCAUAUUCCAAGAUGGCUCCCAGAUUUUCCCGAGGAAAGGUUGUACAAGAAUUGUCAUAAGGUUUUGGUUAAGGAGAGGAAAUUCGGUGAGAAACUCUGGGAACAUUCACUUGGAGCAGAACAUUUCAGUGGUAAUUUGGAAGAAAAUAAAAGCGAAUCACAAAUCAAUGGGAUUAAUGGGAAAGAAGAGAAAGAUACCAGGAUUGGUUUGGCACAGGGAAGAGGAAAAGUGAAGUUUAGGAUGGGUGGAGUGGGUGGGGAGGAAGAGAAGCGUGUUGAUUUAGGUGUGAAUAUGAUGAAUCGUGUCUGCAAAGGAAGGAAACGAGUUUCUUGGAAUCUUGAUAAAUUAAAUAACCGUAUGGCUGUGGAAAAUGAAGAUGACAUGAGUGCAUGCAAGAGAACGAAGAUUGCAUAGCUUUUAUGGUGAUGCUGAAGGGUGUGGCUGGGCAAUGAGUGAAAAAAUUUUUGAUAGUAAUUAGAAUGUAAUGUAGAUAGCAUUUACAUAUAAUAGAUUUUGAUAUAUAGAUUUUCCUCUGUCGCCUACUCAAGGAGUAGAACUCCUUUCAUUGUGCAAAAAGGAUUUUGUGUAGCCACUAGGGCGGGUAAGGAGCGUCGUGUUUUGCAUGAAACCAAAAUAUAAAAAACAGAUAUGCAAGUUGG